UAUCAAUUACUCAAAUAUAAUCCCCAUUUUGAUUAAGUCCUUCCUAUCGUCAUAUCAAUUAGUCAAGUUAAAUCCCAUUUCAGAUCCAACAUUGCGUAACGGGAAGGGUACGUAAUGAAAUGAGAGAAGGGUAGUUUGGUCACUGUAAGUGUCAUAGAUGAAAAUAAUUACUUUUCUCUAUGGGUGGUCAACUAUUGGGUUGUAAUUGCCCAUUGAUAUUUGAUUCCAAAAGCCAAAUGAAAAAAAUUUGAAGUCUCAUUUCAAAUUUCCUGCAUCCAGAAUGAAAGAAGGACAUUUUGCUCUUCACAAUUACUUUUCUUUUAUUCAUUAAAAAGACACUUAUUAGGAUUCGAACCAUGACCACUUUAAAGAAAAACAAAGAUAAUAACCAAUCACACUAAAUACAUUUGUUGUAUCUUUUUAAAUUAAAAACAUAUAAUCGCAGAGAGGAAAAAACCCUUCCGCCAUUUCAAAUUCCCUGCUCCAUGAGCGUUUGUAGGAAGGGUAGAAUAGGGAAUGUCAAUUUUUUUUCUUUUUUUUUUUCUGUGGAACGGGCCAACUUACCGAACACAUGCAGAUUUAAACGGGUCUAGGAGUGUCAAUUUUUUCCUUUAAGUCUUUUUAUUUUUCCGUGGUAAAAUAUAUAUGAAAAGGCAAAAACAAUACUCCUUUUUAUUGCUAAAAAGAAAAAAAAUUUAACAAUAAACUAAUGCAUGGAUUCUAAUGGGCUAACCGCUAAUCAUAAAAUAAAAGAGUUGAAUGGGCCUGACCUACACGGGAUUUUCCCAUCAAGUAAAACAAAUGAACAUCAUGGGUUUGUCAUUCUAAAACAAACUAUUUUCUCUAGCAUAAGAUAUAUUAUGAUAUUAUGUUAUCUUAGUGGCUACAAUAUAAUGUAUUUUAAAGUUAUUCAAUGUUUCAACCUCGACCAACCCAAUUAGUCCAAUUUUUAUCAUUUCAAAUAUAUAUCAUGUAAUUAUUUGAUAUCAUAAUGAUUAAAUUAUAGUGUAUAUUAUAGGGAAUUAUUUGGUAUUUGUUAGUAAAAAACUAAACAGAAAGAUCUAUUUAAUUAUCUUUAACAUUAAAACGAUCCUAAACAUUUUCCUUUCGAAAUUCUAUAGUUUUAUUCCCGAAUCAGUGAUGUGCAAAUGGCGAAUUGCAGUCAUCUCUUUUCUUUCGUUAUUUUUUAUUUUCAAAUAGAAAGUUUAAAAGUAAAGAAUAACUUGAGUUUGGCAUGGGUCGGUCAAACAUGCUGAAUUUCAAGUUUUGGACCGUUUUGAUCAAGUCUAAUUUAUAAUCACAUGGUUCCGUGAUACCGAUAAAAAUCUCAAUCCAAACCACUUUGGCAGGUGAGUCCGUGUUUACCACCAUUUUCUAGGGAUACAUGAACGAUGGUUCCUAUCCCAAAUCGUGUUGUUCAUUCUUGAUUUCUUUAGAUUUUAUCAUGGCUUGGCAAAAAGUCAGAAAGCACAAUGAUGACAAGAUGAAAGUUUUAUAAAGCAAAUUAAUUGGCCAACGGACCGAGUAAAAGCUAGCAAAGAUUGUGAGAUGCUUAUUUCCCGAAAACCGGCGGGAUAGGCGAUUUUUUAUUCGAUUUUCUAGAAUUUGGUUUCUAUAAAACUUACUCCACCUCAUCAUAUUACCAGAAAUAAUAUUGUUUCACAAGGUAACAGAUACUUGAUUUUAGUUCAUAAGACUGAUUUUUGAUUCGUUGCAUCAUUCAUGUCUCUUUUCUAUUAAAAUUCACUAUUUUUAUCAUGUGUUUCCAAAAAAAAACUAUACAACAAUAAGCUAUACACCCCAUUACAUUAUUAAAUUUCAUACCUCAACUUCCUCCGGCCAAAUGACCGGGGCCACGCUAGUAUAGUAAUAAGAGAAGUAAAGAGAAUAAAAAGUGAAACUCAACCUAAAAUUUAAUGGUUUCAAAGUUCAAAGUCACAGGAAGCUAGGAGAAGUACGUACGUAGGAAGGAAGGAAAAUGACGAUCUACUAAUACGUAAAAAAAAAUUUUAAUUUUAACAAAAAAAAAACUUUUAAUUUCUCCUGAGCCAUUGGCGAAUAUAAGAAUGUCAUAAAUGAAUAUAAUUACAUUUCUCUAUCUCACCUAGUGAUGGCAAUGGGUCGGGGCGGGGCGGGUACCUCAAUAUCCGUGUCCCUUCCCACGCUACUACGGGACGGGUAUUAUCCGCACAGGUACGACCGUACGGGGCGGAGCAGCGCGGGUCGACCCACACUUACAUGUUAUUUGAAAAUAAUACACGCAAAAUUUCACUUUUACUAUAAAAGGAAGUGGAAAAGAUUUCAUGGAUGAAUAAUAGUGAUAAUAUAAUAGGUCGUUGAGUCUAUCUAGUUGAAAGAUUAAGUCUAACUAAUUGAAGAAAAGUCAAAAUAGGAGAUGUAUGAAGGGACGACGUAAGAAAUUGACCUAGAACGGGUCAAGAAACGGGCGAGCCGGAACAGGACGCGUCGGAAGUUAAUACCCAUAUCCCGCCCCACGCUACUGUGGAUCGGAUAAUACCCGGCCCAUCACGGAUCAAGUCGGGUAAUACCCAACGAAGCGGGUUCAAAUUGGCAUCUCUAAUCUCACACCCUAUCACAUGCUCAAUGCAUAACCUAUAAUUAUGUAUAUUUGUGCAUUCUUCAAAAAAAAAAAGUAUGUAUAUUUGUGCAUAACCUAACACUUUUCCCAGAAGACAGUAGGGCCACGUAAAUAAAAUAUUAAUUGUUAUAUCAGACUAUAUAGCACAAAAAACGAACGGAUAUCUAGUUGAUAUUUGAAGAAACUAACGAAAAAAGAGUGGCCUGAUCUCAAAGCGAAGAUGAUGCCGAUGCAGAAGAAGUUGUGUACGCUAAAAAAGGCAUCAGAACUAAUCUCGUCAACUUCUACUUGCUUCUCCAAAGUGAUCGGCCUGCAGCUGCGGCAUUCUUUCUCCGGCGCCUCUCUUCUCGCCGACGAAGACUCCCAGCUCCUGCAGGUCCGUGGGCUUAGUCAACUCUCUGCUGGUGCUGAGAAUUGUCCCCAGAUCCAUGGUCACGGAGAGAAGGCCGCUGCGCUGGUUCACAGAGAAGCAGAUGAUGAUGAUGAUGAACAAGAAAGGCAACAAAAGAAGCACAGACAAGAAGUUGCUCGGCAUAUGGCACUGGCCGAGGAAGCCUACCGUAAGGCUCAACUCAACAACAAACGGAGCAGCCAAGACAAGUUUCCUUGAUGCAUGCAUGCUUUUGUUGAUUUCAACGGACCAGCUAGAUGGAUUUCCAUUUCAUCCUAUUCGGAGCUGGACAAAGAAUGUGAACAACAGGCAUGUCUUGCGGGGUCGCUUUGGUCUAUUUUAAGUUAACCUUGCCAAUUCCUUUCAGUUGCAGAUUCUGUUAGUUGGUGUCCUGUUCCCGUUUGUCUCGCGAAUGUGCUUGUCAUGUUUGAUCCGUGGAGACUUGUUUGUCUGUGUUUGUGUUUACUCUGGUUUUGGUUGGAACUUUUCUACUGCUGGCCGCCUGUCUGGCCUUGUCUCUUUCUGAUUUUUUUUUUUAACUUUCACUUUAAUUAAUAAAUGAAUUACAUCAUUACAAAAAAAAAAGCUAACCUUCCCAAUUUACUUUGUAAUUUUGACUAGAAGCUCCUUCACUUGUGUUAGUCAACGGUAUAUGAUUCACGAUUGAACAUCUCCCAAUAACUCGAGUUAUUUGGGCCAACUGGUUCUUGAUAUGGUAUCAAGGCUUUUUAUGAUCGAGAUGUCUUCUGUUUGAAUCCCGAUGACCCCCAUCUGUUUCUAUUUAGCACAAGGUGUCCGGACCUGUGCAAACUUCAAACUCAUAUAUGGUGACUUUCGUUUGAGGGUGUGUGUUAGUUAACGGUAUAUGAUCCACAAUUGAACAUCUCCCAACAACACAAGUUAUUGGGGCCAACUGAUUCUUGACAACUUAAUUACACCACCAAAGAGGUCGAAAUUUUUUGGGACUGAAGUAAGGAGGAAAUUUGAGUUAAUCCUCCUUCCCAUUGCAUACAACCCUAAACUAACUUAGGUGAUGUAUGUAUGCAGGAUAUCAACUGUUGUAUUGCUCCCUUUAGGUUUCCCUCGUUGUCUUAUUUCAAUCCACGAGCACUUCUACUAUGCUAUAUAGCAUUGAUGCUUUAAUGUACAACUCAAAGUUGUACCAUAACAUUAAAUGUAUAAGUUUAAGUUGUACCAUAAAGCAAUUUGUACCAUUAUGUUAUGGUACAACUUUACAACUUGAAGUUGUACCAUCACAUAAAGGUACAAAUUUAAGUUGUACCAUAAUAGAAUUUGUACAAAAAGUAUAAAUACAAUCUAAAGUUGUACCAUAACGUAAAUGUAUAAUUUUAAGUUGUAGCAUAAAGGCAAAAACCUGUAACACCAAUACUAUAUAGCAUUGUAAAAUUUCUCUUCGAAUCCAUUUAAAUAAAAGCAAUAAGCGUUAUAUACUUGGGUCAUGUUUAGUAUUGUUUCGUGUUUUUUUUUCUUGUUGCAAUGUUAGAAACUGCGGAAACCAAGAGAAAGAACCACGCUCAGUAUUCUCGUAUUAUAUAUUGUUUGUCGUGAAAAUGCGUUGGGGGAGUCAGUCCAGCGAAACCCAGAACCCAGCCGACCCACGACCACCUUCGAUAAUGCAUGCUAUCCUUUCCAUCAUAAAGAAUCAUCAACAUUUCACUCUUUCCAAUUACCCAAAUCAAAUGCAUGCUAUCCUUUUCUUUCUUCUUGUUUGCAAGUCGGAAAAACAUAAUAGGGUGCUAACAUUCACUAUGCGUAAAUACACUACUAAUAAUAAAAGUAUUAUAAUAACUACCAUUUAUAAUAGAUCUUUUCUCUCAUUUUCGUGGAUUUGAGUUUCAUAUGCAAAUUACAGUACUUUGAUACCUAAACUUAAUUGAUUUUAAAAUUCAGUGCCUAAAAUUAUUUCCUCUAGCAUGUAACUCCUAAAAUUAUUGAUGGAAAAUUACAUUUGAGGAUCUAAAUUUUUUAUAUCUUACAUCUUGAUGCCUAAACUUUUUUUUUAAAUCUAUGAGUAUAUCUUACAUAAUGGUACUUACAUUCAGAUUUUAUUUAUUAGCCAAACUUAUCGAAAAAAAAUUAUCAGCCAACUUUUUUUUUAAUUUUUCUAUAUCUUACAUUUGAAUAAUAUAAAAAAAUCUAAAAAAGGUUUUGAUAAAAACUAGGCAUUGCCCUUUUAUUUAACAUGCCUAUCCCACGGUGGUUGAAGCUUUGGCUCUGCGAAAUGCUCUUCUACUCUACAAACAGUUUGGCCUUGGCAGCGUUCUUAUCUGUGGGGAUAAGAAGAGGCUAAUUGAUCAUUGCAAUGCUAAUAAGUAAUAACACUCAUAAUGCGAAGGCUGGUUCCAUCGUGUUGGAGAUUUGUCAGCCGUUGCACUCUAUGCCUAAGUUUCGUUUUUAUUUUGUUGGUCGGAAUAGAAAAAGGAAGGUCCAUUUGGUGGUCCGUCAUUCUCUGUUAUCAAUUGUUAUUGAGAUUCGUCUUUUUGUUUAUUGGUUAUGUAAUUGCUAAUAAAUUGCACAUUGAUAUCUUCAAGUUGAGUGAUCUAUUGGGAAAAAAAUAAUAAUUGGCAACUGUUACCAUUAAGCUUGAAAUAAUUUUUACAUGUAGUUUCAAAAUGGGAUAUAUUUGAGAUGAAAGUAACAUAGUAAAUUUGACUACUUUUGUUGUCCACAUUCGUCGAAUCAGUCUCAUUAUUCCAAGAAUCAAAACUUAAGUUAUUUGCUAAGAAGUAAGAGGCCGCUGGAAAAAAAGAUAUCAAGAUGGUAUUUGGCGUAUUCCAAAUGCAAUUUUCUAUCAUUAAUGAUUCACUAGAUAAUUGGCCCGCGCUCUGCGGCGGGUAUCGAUGAGUAUUUAAUUGAGUUACACCAAAUUGAAUUAGACUAAAUCUAUUCUUAUUGUGGCUUAAUUUUGAUUUCCAAAUUUAUUAUAAUUAUAUUUUUAUUUAUUAAAUUUCUUUAAGAACAUAUACGACUUUAUAUUUGUGGAGAAUUGGAGAUCUUUGAGAUAAUCUUAAAUAAAUUUAAUUAAAAACAUAUGUACUUUGUAUGAUGUAUCCAAAAUUUUUUUUAAAAAAUCAUCAAAUUGUUCUCAAUAUAUCUUCUUAUAACUAAGUUUACCAUAAUUAUCCAAAAUUGUAAUUUUAACAUAAUUCGUCAUCUCAAAUGUGUGCAGUUUUCAAUCGAACACCAUUAUAAGAUCGUAAAUACUAACAUUCACGAAUAGCAUAUCCAUUGAGAGUUCUGGAAUUUUUUCUUUUCAAAGAAGAUUAGAGUAACUGAAAAACAAAGUGUAAAACACUUGACUUGCAUGCAUAAUUGCAUAUUGAUCCAGGUAAGAUCAUGACAUUGGAAAAACACAUAAUAAGAAUGUAUUUUUUUUUUACGAAAAAAUAACAAUCAAUGCAUUGAGGAGGAUGCAUGUUUUUUAAUAAAUAGUAUUUUAUAGUAUACGCUAUCAUGUGAUCUAUUCACCGUUCGUAGGAUGAGUUGUUUGUUAAGCAAAGCAAGUUAACCUUAAGAAUACUUGACUAAGUACUUGAAGGACUUCUUGUCCAGUUGACUUUUUUUAAAAAAUAUAUGAUUCUUGAAGUGGAUCGCAAUUCGAAUGUGACCUUGGCCAAUGUAGGGGAAAUCGUCGAAGGGGGAAGAAAUGAGUGUUCUAAAAGUUUUAUUUUUUAAUUCAAAUUUCAUUAUGUCUUUUUGGAAUAGUAAAACCAUACGGUAAAUAGUCUUUUUUACAUACAUGAAGCACUAUGCUCAAACAUUUCGGCAACUAGAAUACCCAAAUUAUCAGAAAUCAUGAUUUUUUUAUAAUCUUAGAUCAUAUGAUCUCGUUUAAAGUAUAGGCGCGUGGCAAUAGGAGUAAAAAAAAAUAUAUUACAAAUCGGCUACAAACAAUUUAUUAGAAACCCCAAAGGCCAAUCGAAGAAACUACUCAUCCACAUGACCAUUAAUUACUAAUCAACCACUACUUGAACAGUUGAAUGGAUACUUUACUAACCAAAAUCAUAAUAUGUAUUAAGUGUGUCUAAAAAAAAUGUUUACUAAAUCGGCUCAAAUGCUUUGCUAAUGAUGCACCAACCACUGCAAUUCAACAACCACCAUAACUUCAACCAAUACACAUUCAAAUAUUCUCAUUGUAAAUACCUUUUAAUCUCGCACAUUUUAUUGAGAAUAUCAACGAAAACACCAUCAAAAUGCUAAACUGAUUUAGGCAUUUUAAAAAAUGCCUAAGACAUGGACAUCUUUAUUAUGCAGCAAGCUCUGCAAUUGCACAUCGUCAUUUGGAUUGGAGUGGUGUGUAGUGAAACCAUAAGAUUAGUGGAGUUUGCCAAAUGUCAUUCUUUUGCUGCCAAAUGUAACUCAUGCAUAUAUGAUAUCUCGCAAAAGAGGCAAAUAUAAAAUGAGAAGAGUAGACUCUUCGGCGGAGAGUAUCUAGUAGCAUUCGUUGAUUAAAAUAAGAAUGAACCCAUUAUAGUCUCUCCAACAACCAAUUUCUGUUUAUAUUCUUCUCCGACGAAUCAAUCUCCACCAAAUCAUAUUCAACACAUGAUAAAGCAGAGUAGAACUUGAUACGACCAGGGUAGAAUUAAAGAGGGCAAAUCCA